UUUUUUUUUUUAAUAUUACGUAAGAUGUAAGAACAAAAACGUCAGUAUCAAAUGAAGAACGUGGACACCCACACAUAAAGUUCGUUUGUUUCGUUUUAAUUCUCUCUUUCGUCAAGAGACUCUCGGUUUCGGCUUGGUCAUCUCGUCAUCUCGUCAUCUCGUCGCGUUUCCUAAUAAACUUGCGCGGAGUUGGAUGCGCAGUAAAAGGAUAGAGAUACAAAUACAAAUGAUUUGUACAUGCGAAGGUAUGAGAGCUGGAAAGUGCUCAUUUGGUAUCACUAACAGUUAGAGAUUUAACCUAUAUGAAUAUAAUCAUUGUAACGUGGAAUUAAUAACCUUACUUAUACGUCAGACUUUUCUAUCAACAUAUGAAGAAUUUUAUUUCUUAAAAAGAUAAAAGAACACGAAGGAAAACCAUUCAUCAUGGAGGUUUAUACUGCCGGCAUGAUUGUAAUAGGAGAUGAAAUUUUACGUGGACAAAUUAUUGACACAAAUACAUCAUAUCUAGCAAAAAGUCUACGUGCUUCUGGGAUUAAACUACAAAGAGUAACAGUAAUACCUGAUAUUGUAGAUGAUAUUGCAAAGACUGUAUGUGAUGCAUCCAGAAAGUACUCUAUCGUCUUUACAUCUGGUGGUGUUGGACCUACCCAUGAUGAUGUUACAUAUGAAGCUGUGGCUAAAGGUUUAGAAUUAAAACUUGAACCACAUGAAGAAUUGGUUGAUAAUUAUGCAACACAAUUUCCUGAGCAGAAAGAAUUUCACCGACUUACCAUUGUACCAAGACCAUGCGAACUUAUCUAUGUCCAGUUAAAAAAAAAGUUUGCAGUUAUAAAAGUGAAGAAUGUGUAUGUAUUACCAGGAUCCCCAAAAUAUUUUGAGCCAGCUCUUGAUACAAUAGUAUCACAAUUGAAGAAGGGAACUCCUUUACAUUUUGAGUGUAUAGAUGUUAAUUUAGAAGAAUUAUCUAUUGUGAACAUUUUGGAUGAAUGUGCAAAUCAUUGGAAAAAUAAAGUUAGUAUUGGUAGUUAUCCGCAAAUAGCAUCUGAUAAUUAUACAAGAAUUACAUUAGAAGGAGAGAAAAAGUAUGUCUUAGAAGCAAGGGGACAACUUUUGUAUUCUCUACCAGUACAAAAAAUACGAAAUUUAGAAAAUGGCUUUACUGAUUUUCAUGCAAGAGCCAUUUUCGAAGGUGCUAAUAACGAACCACAUGUAAAAAGUGCUUUGGUUAUUUUACAAGAGUGUUAUAAUAAAUAUCAACAUGAAGAUACUUUUAUAAGUUUCAAUGGUGGGAAAGAUUGUACAGUAGUUUUACAUUUGGCUGCCACUGUUUCAAAAUUACAAAAUUAUUCAACCUUAUUGUGUUUGUAUGUAACAGCUGAUCCAUUUCCAGAGAUUGAUUCCUUUGUGGAAAGGGCAAAGCAGUAUUAUAAUUUACAGUUGAUAAGAAAAGAACGUCCUAUACUAAAGGCAUUAAAUUCGCUUGUGGAGGAAAGAAAGAACCUAAAAGCAAGUCUAAUGGGAAUGCGAAUGGGUGAUCCUGGUUCAGAAAAUAUGAAACCUUUUACACCAACUGAUCCUGGUUGGCCGCGUCUAGUUCGCGUAAAUCCUAUCCUGAACUGGACGUACGACCAAGUGUGGAAUUUUUUAUUAAAGUACAAAGUGCCAUAUUGCCCGUUAUACGAUCAGGGUUACACAAGUUUAGGAACGAAGUCAACCACGCUACCAAAUCCACGAUUAAAGGAUCCUAAAAAUCCUUCGUCCUACUUGCCAGCGUAUACUUUGACUGACGAGUCUGCUGAGAGGCAGGGCAGAGUACAAUGAAUCUUAUUUAUGUACAAUUUAUAAAAUGGUGCAGAUUUUAACAGUACUUGCUGGUACUGAAUAGCUUGACAAUGUUUUUUACAAAAAUGCAAGAAAAAUAUUUUGUGUAUAAUGCACGGCUAUAUAGUAUUACUACAUAUUUUUAAUAAUACGUAAGCACACAAAAUUAACGAAGUAUUAAUAAAGUGGCACCACUAUAUAGAUUAUUUAGUUUUAACAAGGUCAGAAGUAGUCAAAUGUUACCACUACUUAUUUACAAAAUGUUCGACGAACUAUUUUAUAGUAAUAAUUUCUGUUUCUGUAGGGAUACGAGAAGAUAUAUUAGAUUUAAAUAACUGUAAAAUAAUCUAGUAUUAUACCUUAUUGAAAUUUAUUUAUGAUUGCAAAAUCAUUUAUCAAUAAAUAAUUGCGAACAGAUUAUUAAUCUCGUAUAAUCAAGUUUAUAAAAAAUACGGAUGAUAUAUUAUUCUUCAGAAUACCGACCAUUUUGUAUAUUUUUAAAUAUCAAAGUACAUACUUACUGCGUGAAUAAUUAAAGCGAAUUUAUUUUUUGCACAGAAAAAUGUGUUUAUAAAAAUAUUAAAAUUGUGUGUGUAAAAGAGAAUUACAUUAUUUAUAAAAUUGCUUAGACACGAUGUUUGUUUGUUCUGGGCAAAAUAAAAUGUAAACAAUUGUAAAAAGUGAAAA